UUUGAUUUUGAAGUCACAAUGUCCUAGAGUUGAAUUUCAAAGUGCAUAAAUCCUAUCCUCUUAAGCGUCACCACACAGCAUUUACUACCUUCUUAAUUGUGUCGCGGUUGACAGUUUGAUGACUAGACUUGUUGGUUUAGUAUGGCACACACUGGAAGACUUGAACUAGGGCUGUCUCAAUUGAAUUUGGAAUAUGAUAAAAUGAAAAUGAUGAGGACAAACAAACACUAACACUAUGGAUAACCAUAAUAAGGUGCUUAUGCUAAUGGUGUACACUUUCUUCUUUUUCCCCAUGCCCACUUUCUCUAAACAGAAGACUCUUACUACUAUUGCUCCAAAUCAGUUUAUCCAAUACACUGAUACGCUUGUUUCUGCAGAUGGAACCUUUGAAUCAGGAUUUUUCAAUUUUGGAGAUCCACAACUCCAAUACUUUGGUAUAUGGUACAAGAGUAUAUCACCGAGGACUAUUGUGUGGGUUGCCAAUAGAAACACCCCCGUACAAAACUCAACAGGAAUGCUGAAACUCACUGAUCAAGGAAGUCUUGUUAUUCUCGAUGGCUCCAAAGGCAUUAUCUGGAACUCUCAUUCAUCAAGAAUUGGAGUGAAACCAGUGGUUCAUCUUUUGGAUUCAGGAAAUCUUGUUUUGAAAGAUGGAAACAACACUCAUAACAUUUUGUGGGAAAGUUUUGAUUAUCCUGGUAACACUUUCCUUGCUGGAAUGAAGCUGAAAAGUAAUUUAGUUACUGGUCCAUACAGAUAUCUCACAUCUUGGAGAAGUGCCGAAGAUCCUUCUGUAGGCGAUUUUCCAUAUUGGAUAGACACACGUGGUUAUCCUCAACUUGUUACUGUAAAGGGAUCAAGAAUUCUGUAUAGAGGAGGGUCAUGGAAUGGAAAUAUGUUCACUGCUGUUUCUUGGCAAAGAAAUAAUAGAAUCUUGAAUUUCUCAGUAGUGUUCACUGACAAAGAAUUCUCUUAUCAAUAUGAAACUUUGAACAGUUCAAUUAUUACUAGAUUGGUGCUAGAUCCAUACGGAAAUUCACAACGUUUUCUAUGGUCAGAUAAGAAACAAAUUUGGGUGGUUUUAGCUACUUUGCCUGCAGACCAGUGUGAUGAAUAUGGCUUGUGUGGUAUCAACUCUGAUUGCAAUAUUAAUGGAUUUACAAUAUGUGAAUGCUUGGAAGGUUUCAUGCCAAAAUUUCAAAAAAAAUGGCAGUUAUCAAAUUGGUCUGAUGGGUGUGUAAGGAAAACACCUUUAAAUUGUCUCCAUGGAGAUUUAUUUUUACUGUACACAAACAUGAAGUUGCCAGAUACAUCAGCAUCGUGGUUUGACAGGAGCUUGAACCUUAAGGAAUGUAAGACAAUGUGUUUGAAAAACUGUUCUUGCACAGCAUAUGCAAAUUUAGAUAUCAGAAAUGGUGGUAGUGGCUGCUUACUUUGGUUUGACAACAUUGUGGAUAUGAGAAAACAUCCGGGCAUAGGACAAGACAUUUACAUACGACUCGCAUCUUCAGAACUUGAUCAUAAAAAGAAUAAGAGGAACUUGAAGCUUUAUGGGACUCUAGCAGGGGUUGUUGCAUUCAUUAUAGGACUAACCAUUCUUGUAGUGGUCACGUAUAGAAAGAAGCUUGAUAAACCAGGGUAUAUAAAAAAGUUAUUUCACCGGAAGCACAAGAAGGAGAAGGAAGAUGGUGAUUUGGAAACAAUAUUUGAUUUUUCGACAAUCACAAAUGCAACAAAUAACUUCUCUGACAGAAACAAGUUAGGAGAAGGUGGGUUUGGACCAGUGUACAAGGGAAUAAUGGUAGAUGGCCAAGAGAUUGCUGUUAAGAGGCUCUCAGAAACAUCGGGACAAGGAAUUCAGGAGUUCAAAAAUGAAGUAAAGUUGAUGGCAACACUCCAACACCGAAAUCUUGUAAAACUUCUUGAUACUAGACGAAGUAAAUUACUAGAUUGGACAAAGCGCUUGGAAAUUGUUGAUGGGAUUGCUCGGGGUCUGCUGUAUCUGCAUCAGGAUUCUAGGCUAAGAAUCAUACAUAGAGAUCUGAAGACAAGCAAUAUUCUUCUUGAUAUUGAUAUGAUCCCAAAGAUAUCAGAUUUCGGUUUAGCAAGAUCAUUUAUGGGAGACCAAGCUGAGGCUAAUACAAAUAGAGUGAUGGGAACAUAUGGAUAUAUGCCUCCAGAAUAUGCAGUGCAUGGAUAUUUCUCAAUAAAAUCAGAUGUUUUUAGUUUUGGAGUUGUUGUACUUGAGAUAAUUAGCGGUAGGAAGAAUCGCGGAUUUUGUGACCCUGUACAUCAUCUAAACCUUCUCGGUCAUGCAUGGAGACUAUGGAUUGAAGAAAGGCCAGAGGAGUUAAUAUCUGACAUAUUAUAUGAUGAUGCCGUAUAUUCAAAAAUAAUAAGAUUUAUUCAUGUUGGUCUAUUGUGUGUACAACAGAAACCAGAAAACCGGCCUGACAUGUCAUCUGUGGUUUAUAUGUUAAAGGGUGAAAAUUUACUCCCCAAACCAAGUGAACCCGGGUUCUAUGCAGGAAAUAACAAUACAAACAACAUAGGAUCUUCUUCGAACGGGCGUUUGAUAAACGAAGCUAAUUCACUCUCAUUGUUAGAGGGACAAACUAACACAAACACUAUGGAGAAUAUCACAAAGUUGCUUAUGCUAAUGGUGUGUACUUUCUUCUUUUGCACCAUGCCUACUUACUCUAUUCAGCACACACUUACUCCAAAUCAGUUUAUACAAUACAAUGAUACCCUUGUUUCUGCAGCAGGAACAUUUGAAGCAGGAUUUUUCAACUUUGGAGAUCCACAACGGCAAUACUUUGGUAUAUGGUACAAGAGAAUAUCACAAUCACAAAGGACUAUUGUGUGGGUUGCCAAUAGAAAUACCCCGGUACAACACUCAACAGCAAUGCUGAAACUCAAUGAUCAGGGAACGAUUGUUAUUCUUGAUGGCAUCAAAGGCAUUAUCUGGAACUCCAAUUCAUCAAGAAUUGGAGUGAAACCAGUUGUUCAGCUUUUGGAUUCAGGUAAUCUUGUUCUGAAAGAUGGAAACAACACUCGGGACUUUUUGUGGGAGAGUUUUGAUUAUCCGGGUAACACUUUCCUUGCUGGAAUGAAGCUGAAAUGUAAUUUAGUUACUGGUCCAUAUAAAUAUCUCACAUCUUGGAGAAACCCUGAAGAUCCUGCUGAAGGCGAGUUUUCAUUUAAGAUAUAUACACAUGGUUAUCUUCAACAGUUUACUACAAACGGAGCAAGAAUUCUGUAUAGAGGAGGGUCAUGGAAUGGAAUUCGUUUCACUGGUGUUGUUUGGCAAAGAAAUAAUAGAAUUGUGAAUUUCUCAGUAGUGUUCACUGACAAAGAAGUCUCUUAUCAAUAUGACACUUUGAUCAAUUCAAAUAUUGCGAAAGUGGUGCUAGAUCCAAAUGGAAAUGCACAACGUUUUCUAUGGUUAGAUACGAAACAAAUUUGGGUAGUUACAGCUACUAGUCCUUCAGACCAGUGUGACGAAUAUGCCUUGUGUGGCAUCAACUCUAACUGCAAUAUAAAUGACUUUCCAAUAUGUGAAUGCUUGGAAGGUUUCAUGCCAAAAUUUCAAACAAAAUGGAAGUCAUCGAAUUGGUCUGAUGGGUGUGUAAGGAAAACACAAUUAAAUUGUCUCCAUGGAGACGGAUUUUUACCGUACACCAACAUGAAGUUGCCAGAUACGUCAGAAUCGUGGUUUGACAGGAGCAUGACCCUUGAGGAAUGCAAGACAACGUGUUUGAAAAACUGUUCUUGCACUGCAUAUGCAAAUUUAGAUAUCAGCAAUGGUGGUAGUGGCUGCUUACUUUGGUUUGACAACAUUGUGGAUAUGAGAAAACAUCCGGGCAUAGGACAAGACAUUUACAUACGACUCGCAUCUUCAGAGCUUGAUCAUAAAAAGAAUAAGAGGAACUUGAAACUUUAUGGGACUCUAGCAGGGGUUAUUGCAUUCAUUAUAGGACUAACCGUUCUUGUAUUGGUCGCGUAUAGAAAGAAGCUUCAUAAACCAGGUUAUAUAAAAAAGUUAUUUUACUGGAAGUACAAUAAGGAGAAGGAAGAUGGUGACUUGGUAACGAUAUUUGAUUUUUGGGCGAUCACAAAUGCAACAAAUAAUUUCUCCAAUAGAAACAAGUUAGGAGAAGGUGGUUUUGGACCAGUAUACAAGGGCAUAAUGGAAGAUGGCCAAGAGAUUGCUGUUAAGAGGCUCUCUGAAACAUCAGGACAAGGAAUUGAGGAGUUCAAAAAUGAAGUAAAGUUGAUGGCAACACUCCAACACCGAAAUCUUGUAAAACUUCUAGGUUGUUCUAUUCAACAAGAUGAAAAGUUAUUGAUCUACGAAUUUAUGCCCAACAGAAGCUUGGACUACUUCAUUUAUGAUACAGCACGAAGUAAAUCACUAGAUUGGACAAAGCGCUUGGAAAUUAUUGAUGGGAUUGCUCGGGGUCUGCUCUAUCUGCAUCAGGAUUCUAGACUAAGAAUCAUACAUAGAGAUUUGAAGACAAGCAAUAUUCUUCUUGAUAUUGAUAUGAUUCCGAAGAUAGCAGAUUUCGGUUUAGCCAGAUCAUUUAUGGGAGAUCAAGCCGAAGCUAAUACAAAUAGAGUGAUCGGAACAUAUGGAUAUAUGCCUCCGGAAUAUGCAGUGCAUGGAUCUUUCUCAAUAAAAUCUGAUGUUUUUAGCUUUGGAGUCGUUGCACUUGAGAUAAUUAGCGGUAGGAAGAAUCGCGGAUUUUGUGACCCUCUACAUCAUCUAAACCUUCUUGGUCAUGCAUGGAGACUAUGGAGCGAAGACAGGGCAAAGGAGUUAAUUGCUGACAUAUUAGACGAUGAGGCCAUGUGUUCAAAAAUAAUAAGAUUUAUUCAUGUGGGUCUAUUGUGUGUACAACAGAAACCAGAGAAUAGGCCUAACAUGUCAUCUGUGGUUUAUAUGUUAAAGGGUGAAACUUUAAUCCCCAAACCAAGUGAACCCGGAUUCUAUGCAGGAAGUGAUAAUACAAAUGACAUAGAAUCUUCUUCAAAAGGGUGUUCAAUAAAUGAAGUUUCAAUCUCGUUAGAGGGCCGGUAGAAUGCCAUUGUCACUGACAAGGAUUAUAUACUGUUCAAAUGUGCUAAAAUUUGGAUUUGGCUAAUACAAAGGAGAAAAAAAGUGAUUUCAACAAACCAAGAAGUGAAGAUUAAAAUAAGUCAUUUUUCUUUCUUUAUUUUCUUCAUGACUGCAAUAUCUGAGCAUAAAUGUGUGGUGGAAUUUACCACUUGCAAACUAGGUGAGUGUAGUGUAUCUGAUUUUGUGAUUUGUAGAGGAUCUAAUGUUUGGUUGUGUGGGCUGUGUGGUUUUUCUUACAUGUAAAUAGGAGAGGCCAAGAGUGUUACAAAGUUAUGAAUUUAGUAUGACUAUAAAAUUGUUGUAAUGUUGGCAACUAAGUGUUGAAUA